AUGUCAAUUAUUUUCGAAUCACCAUCGGCUCAGCACGACUUUUCCAGAGGGCCACACUGGUACCAUGAAAGCCCGUUUCUGCCGCUUGGCGGAAAUGAAGAGAAGAAAGCCGGUGCCUCAUCCCUGAAGGACACGGCAACCCGAUGCCUCUUUAUGGACCAAUCAGCAGUAAAGCCCGAGCUAUUUGAAAAUAUUCCUUGGAUGAUUGCGAGAGAGCUCUGGGAAUAUUUGUCCCGAAGGGAUAAAAACACGCUGUACAUGUGGAAGAUCUUUACGGCGAGAUACCCACAGGACUUUCCCCGGCUUAGCCCGUUCUAUUCCCUGAAGACCGACUUUCCCAAAAGCCCCCUAAAGGGGUACUUGGAUAUCAUGAAAUGCGAUGCAUGCCACUGGCGCGCCGUCUUGUCUCUUUCUACCGUCCAUGCCACCGUGACUGACCUCGUUGAUAUCAGCAACCAGAAAAACUUGGUGGCCCUCGAAAUCAACAGAAAUAUGCGGGCUCCGAAGAUAUCUUCCGACAUGGGCAUUGAAAAUGGGGCAGAAUUGGAAGAUGGAAUUGUGCGCAGUUGGCUCGAAGUUGCACAGGCUACAGGAACAUUACAGAACCUACAAGUUCUGAGAAUCCAUGAGCAGCACAACCUUACGCAUCAGGUUUUCUGGAUGCUGGAGCAACUACCACGCCUAAAGCUUGUCGUUGUGUAUUGCUGUCGCAAGUUUACGCAAGAGUUUGGUCAGCCCACGGCCAGGACCAAACAUGGAGUUCAAGUGGCAGGAUGGAAUGCUCAAAGACUCGAUUGGAUCUCAGAUGGUCCGCAAAAAGGAGACGCAUUGAAACGACUGGGAUCACUUUUAGAUGUCUACAAGGAUGUCCUGACUUCUGAAGACAUUGAUUCGAAGUCAACGCCCCCCAUAUUAGGUUCAGCCAUCCCAAUUAUGGAGUUUGAUCUCAGCGGUCUUGAUUGCGAUGACACUGGUACAAUGGAGAGGCGAGCACGAUACGCAGCAGAGUCUAUCUUCUUCUUUACUCGGGCACCUCAACGGAAUGCCACAAAAAGAGCACAGCCAGAGGAACACCAGCCUCGGAGUGGUAGCAAGCGGAUACUGAAGGAACGAGGGAGGAGGGAUAUGGGAGAUGUACUGGGUGAUUUACUCGGAAUGUGA